AUGUUACCAAUAAUUUUGAUAUUUCUCUCAUCAGUUUCACUUUUCACGUUUUGUGACGUAUCUACGAAACAAAUCAAUGAAAUAUCCGUGGAAAAAGCCGCUCAAUAUCUUAGCAAUUACGGAUAUAUGAAAGAGAUUAUCUCACUAACUCUGCCGAAUGUACCAUCCAGCGAAGUCAUUUUACGGCACAAUUCAGUAACUAUUAGCGAUGCACUUAAAAAAUUUCAAAAAUUUGCGGGUUUAAAACCAACCGGCAAAUUAGAUGCAGCAACUAUGGAGAAAAUGCAGCAAAAGCGCUGUGGUCGCCCAGAUGUCAUAGCAUUACGACAAAAAGGUAAGUAUAAAUGGGAGAAGAGUGAUCUAACCUAUUCAAUCGAAUCAUUAACAAGCGAACUAUCUGAGAGUGAAGUGAGAGAUGCACUCAAAAAGGCGUUUGAUACGUGGUCAGCCGUGACACGUAUAACGUUAAAUGAAAUAUCCGAAAAGGCUGACAUAACAAUUGCGUUUGCAAGACGUAUGCACAAUGACCCAUGGCCUUUUGAUGGAGAAGGUGGUAUACUAGCACAUGCGACACUGCCAUCUUCCGGUAUUCUUCAUUUUGAUUCAGACGAGAAAUGGGUGUAUAUGAAUUCAGAUGCCAUUUCAAGAUAUGAUACUACGGAUGUACUACAAGUAGCAAUCCAUGAAAUUGGACAUGUGCUAGGUCUCGAGCAUUCUGCAGAUUCUGAUUCCAUUAUGCUACCAUUCUAUCGCGACACAGUUGACAAUCGUGGAAAUUACAUCACACCCAAAUUGUCUGCAUCAGAUGUUAGAAACAUACAGUAUCUUUAUGGAAUAAAUGAUAAAGAAACAAAUCAAAGAGGUCAAACAACAACAACAACAAUAACAACAACAAUAACAACAACAACAACAACAACACGACGACAACAAGAGUAUGGUUCUAAUUUUGGAACUGAUUCAUCGAAUGAUGACAAUGAUUUCAACAGUGAUAAGAAAAUAGAUAUCAACUGUCCGGAUGAAGUUGAUGGUAUCAUUACAACGGAUGGUUCAAAUUAUUUGUUCAGCGGUAACAAAGUAUAUGAAUUUGAUCGUUCAGGCGUUAAAAAAGAAUAUUUGUUGAAGAAUCUCUUCCCAAAUGGACCUCCGUUCGUUCAAGGCGCAUUAUCGAAUUCACGUACGGAUAAGACGCUUCUAUUUCACGGAAAAAUGGUUUUUGUAUAUAAUCUUGAAAAAAGUACAAAGAAAUUUGUAUUACAACCAAAUUAUCCGAAGAAAUUGCCAACUGCUUUAAAUUUCAAACCAAUGGGCGCAUUUUUAUGGCAUGAAGGAUCACAGAUUUUAAUUAAUUGUCUUAAUUGA